AUGACCAGCCUCUCCCUUUUCUUCUUUCGGUCUUUCUUACCAUAACACAUUUCCACAUGCUCAGUCACUUUCCACCUUUUUCUUUCAAAAAAUUUCAUAAACAAACAGAGUAAAAUAUAUGCAGCAAAAAAUUAUACUCCGUACUAUAGUCAAGUCCAUGAUCUUCCUUGUCAUUCAAUAUUAAUUCAUUCAUCAAACUUGGCGUGAGAGUUUAAUUAAUCAACAAAAAAAAAAACAUGGCCACUUUGGCUGACAUUGGUGUAUCAGCGUUGAUAAACAUAGUGGGCGCCUUUGUGUUCUUGCUGGCGUUUGCCCUUUUAAGGAUUCAGCCCAUCAAUGACAGGGUUUACUUCCCCAAGUGGUACAUUCUCAAGAAGAGAAGUGGUGAGCCCAGCCAAGUUCCCAAUUUGGUUGGCAGGUUUAUUAACCUCAAUCUCAAGACUUACCUCACUUUCCUCAACUGGAUGCCCCAGGCUCUGAGCAUGAGUGAGCCCGAGAUCAUCGCUCACGCCGGGCUUGACUCUGCCGUGUUUUUGAGGAUUUAUACCCUCGGUUUAAAAAUAUUUGGACCGACUGCCAUUGUAGCCCUCUUGGUUCUAAUCCCAGUCAAUGCUUCAGGCGGGAGUUUAUUUUUCCUCCGUAAGGACUUGGUUGUUAGUGAGAUUGACAACUUGUCCAUAUCCAACAUCAGCCCCAAAUCUUUGAAAUUUUUUGUGCAUUUAGCAAUGGAAUAUUUGUUCUCGUUUUGGACAUGUUAUAUGCUGUACAAAGAGUAUGGCAGAGUGGCGUCAAUGAGAUUCAAAUUUUUGGCUUCUCGGGGCCGGCGAGUUGAACAGUUCACUCCACGUCAAUCUGGCCACUCGAUAUCAGAUAGUGUGGAAAUGUAUUUUAAGAAGACUAAUCCGGAUCACUAUCUCUGCCAUCAGGUUGUAUAUGAUGCGGACAACUUUGCCAAACUUGUGAGAAGGCGAAAUAGGCUUCGGAAUCGGUUAGACUACUACCUGAUCAAGUUUGAAAGAAAUCCGAAGAGCAGGCCAACCAUGAAGAUAGGUUUUCUCGGACUUUUCGGUCAAAAAGUUGAUUCCAUUAACUACUAUAGUCAAAAAAUUGGAGAGCUGGACAAAAGACUGACAAUGAAGCGUGACAAGAUGGCCCAGCAGCUUUUGUAUCAUUCAAUUCAACAUGGGCAGCAGCUAACCGCGGGACAUAUAUUGGAAGAACCUUUCGGUUUAGAAAAGGUCGCACCUUUCCUAAGGCCAUUAAUUGAAUGGAAGGUCAUCAAGUCUUUCCUACAGGGUUUCCUCCCCGGGCUAGCUCUUAAAGUCUUCUUGGCCGUUCUUCCAACACUUCUAAUGAUCAUGUCGAAAAUCGAGGGACAUGUGGCUUUAUCUUUGCUUGAGAGGAGAACUGCAGCAAAAUAUUACUAUUUUAUGUUGGUAAAUGUAUUUCUUGGGAGCAUUGUGGCUGGAACAGCUUUUCAGCAACUCCAUGCUUUUCUUCACCAAUCUGCUACACAAAUACCAAGAAACAUUGGGGUGUCAAUACCCAUGAAAGCUACCUUCUUUAUAACGUAUAUAAUGGUUGACGGGUGGGCUGGCAUUGCCAGUGAGAUUCUCAGGCUGAAACCUUUGGUCAUUUUUCAUCUCAAGAACAUGUUCCUAGUGAAGACCGAACGGGACAGAGAAAAGGCAAUGAGUCCCGGAAGUGUAAGCUUUCAUGAGACUCUCCCAACUCUUCAACUAUACUUCCUUCUGGGUAUUGUAUAUGCCGUGAUCACCCCAAUUCUUCUUCCUUUCAUACUCGUCUUCUUUGCCUUGGCCCACCUUGUGUACCGUCAUCAGGUUAUUAAUGUGUAUGAUCAGCAAUAUGAGAGCGCUGCUGCAUUUUGGCCACAUGUUCAUGGCCGCAUAAUUGCGAGCUUAGUUAUAUCUCAACUUCUUCUGAUGGGUUUACUCAGCACAAAGAAGGCUGCAAAGUCCACUCCUCUGCUCAUUCUGUUGCCGAUUUUAACAUUAGCCUUUCACAAAUACUGCAAGAACAGAUUUGAGCCUGCGUUCCGACAAUAUCCUCUUGAGGAAGCAAUUGAAAAGGACAUGGAGCAACGCGGGUCUGAAUCAGAUGGCCAUUUCAAAGCACGGUUAGCCGAUGCAUAUCUGCAUCCAAUUUUCCACUCUUUUGGUGAAGUUGAAAUAAUGGCAGAAGAAAUUUACACCAAAAACCAGGAUCAUAUCUAAAGUCCGUUUGAUGAACGCAUCGAUCAUAUGUUAAAGACGAGCCAUUAGGCAAUGCCAUGCCUUCUCCAAGAUGAAUAUAUGGGAGUAGUCUUAUUAGUUAACAUGGAUAAAUGCCAUUAAUUAACUUGUUUUAUCCAACUCUUUAUUGGGUUUUGCUCGUAAUUGGUCUUUAAGUUAUAUGCAAGUGUCGCAGUUCAUUAAAAUUACUGUAGUUAG